AUGAAGUCAUUUAGUACCGCAACACUCAUCACCGCGGUUCUCGCCGCUACCGAAGGAACAAACGCCUUCACCAACACUAGAACCAGCCCGCUGAGAAAGGAAGCAGCAAGCAAGGGUAUUCUCAUCGGGUCCGGGGCUACCAAUCCGACCUAUCUCGAUGAUCAUCAGUUUGCAACCGUCCUUGCCGAGCAGUUCAAGAGCCUCUCCCCCGAGAAUGAGUUGAAGUGGUCGUUCAUCCACCCGACGCCGGGGCACUACAAUUGGGACACGAUCGACCGCCUCGUUGGCUUUGCAAAGGACCAUGACAUGGUGGUUAAGGGACAUGGGCUCAUCUCGAGCUGCUGCAACCCCGACUACCUGCUCAACAUCACCGACCCCAAGCUGUUUCGUGCUGCGAUGGUCGACCAUUUCGAGGCGAUCAUGCACCGAUACGCUGGCAAGGUGGAUCGGUGGGACGUCGUCACCGAAGCUCUCAAGACGAAUAGCAGUGGCCUACAGACCAAUCUCUUCUACAACGUGCUCGGCCCUGAUUAUAUCGGAGAGGCCUUCCGUGUCGCCCGGAUAGCAAGCCCAGGCGCCAAACUGUUUAUCAACGAGAAUCUCGUCGAAUCGCUUCCCGGAAAGCGUCAAGAGCUCUACGAUCUCGUCUCCGGGCUCGUAGCUAACGACGUCCCGAUCGACGGAGUCGCUCUACAGAUGCACAUUACCGAAGUUCCCCCCAUACCGGGAGUGAUUACGGAUAUAGUCAAGUCCUACCACGCUCUCGGACUGGAAGUAUCCAUCGCUGAAAUGGAUGUCCACACGCUGAACACCACGCUCCUCACCGAUAUCUACAGCGCCGUCAUCACUGAGGCUCUUGAUGCUGGAAUCACCGAUAUCAGUUUCUGGGGCUUUACGGAUAAACACGCGUAUACCUGGAUAGAGGGCGCGAAGCCAUUGAUGUUCGACGAGUACUACAACCCUAAGGGUGCGUUCUACGCUACCCACACUGCCCUGACGAGUUUCGACAAUGAGGGCUGA